AUGGCACAAACUCACUCGAAGAACAAACGUUCUAUCGCUCGCAAGGCACCUAAACAGAUAUUACCGAAGAGAGAUUACUCAGAAACAUCCCCCUUUCCGGAAUACAUUGAGCGCAAAGAUGGACUUUACCGGUGCUUAUUGUGCAAGGAUCAUACACUUGAAAGGUACAUGUGGCUGGGGCGGUGUGGGAUGGGUCAGCAUCAAAAACGGGGAACGAGGCAUAAGCAGCUGGUUAGGGAAUGGAAGGCGGCACGCAGUGGGUCGAAGUCGGCUAUUAAGGGAAAAACCGGCAGCAAACUGUCAAAUUUGGAUGCGAUAGACACCUCUGGAGCCACGGAAGAGCAGGCUGAAUUCGAGGACAGCGCUCACAUAGAAGACCUCGAGUCCAGUCCUGUGCCAACGAUGGAAGAAUCUAGAACUCCUGCGCUUUAUUAUCCAACUAUAUCUUGGGAUGAGCCUUUGCAGCAAGGAGUUCGAGUUUCAUUCGACGAUUUAGACGACGUUAGUCAUAAAUCGGAAUCCCCGGUUCCUCAAACACCGCUUUCGGGAAUUGAUAAAGAAUCGUUCAAGCAUGAUGAUAAGCCAUCUCAGACAUCCGUUCCGGUAUGCGAAUAUGGCCCAAUCAAAACUAACGGUUAUUACACAUGUAUUUGGUGCCAGUUACCAUACAUGCCCCAGCGAAAGUAUCGCAGAUGUAAGAGGGCUGUUGUCAUACAACACAAAGAAUCACCCGAGCUAGUUAGGGAAAAUAGCUCCCUUCCUGAUCAUACCAGCCUCGAAUAUCCCGACAUCGAUGGACCAGAGCCAGAACCAUUCAAACUUCGUUAUGUCUUCAAGUCCGCGCAACCUUUUUCUUUGCAUUAG